AUGGAUCCAUCACAAUAUCAUUUUGAUAUCGCAGCCUACAAUCAAAAUCGUGAAAUUGAAGAAAAUUAUAUAGUCAAUCGAUUUAGAGAGCGUAGAAACAAAAUAUCGGAAGAUAAUGCACCUCGUAGUAGAAAAUAUCUCAAUAGAGAUCAUGCAGCGGCAAACCAAAGACUAAUUGACGACUACUUUGCCAAUGAGCCUACAUAUGACGAUGCAAUGUUUCGUCGUCGGUACCGGAUGAAAAAAAAUGUUUUCCUUCGAAUCGUUGGGGACCUUUCAAGUAGUGAUAACUACUUCACCCAUCGAGUUGAUGCAACCAAUAAAGAAGGUAUAUCACCCUUAGCAAAAUGUACCACAACAAUGCGAAUGUUAGCAUAUGGUGUGGCAGCGGAUGCGGUCGAUGAGUACAUCAAAAUAGGAGGUACUACAGCAUUGGAGUGCUUACGUAGAUUCUGUAAAGGAAUCAUACGCUUGUACGAGCAAGUGUAUCUGAGAGCACCAACCCAAGAUGACCUGCAAAGAAUACUGCAUGUUAGUGAAAUGCGGGGGUUCCCAGGGAUGAUUGGGAGUAUUGACUGCAUGCACUGGGAGUGGAAAAAUUGUCCUAAAGCAUGGGAAGGACAAUUUACUAGAGGGGAUAAGGGAACCACCACAGUUAUUCUUGAAGCAGUUGCAUCUCAUGACCUAUGGAUCUGGCAUGCCUUUUUUGGAUGUCCGGGAACGUUGAACGAUAUAAACGUUCUAGACCGGUCACCAGUGUUUGAUGACGUGGAACAGGGAAAGGCUCCAAGUGUGAAUUUCUUUGUGAAUCAACGUCCAUAUAAUAUGGCAUACUAUCUAGCUGAUGGUAUCUACCCUUCUUAUCCAACUUUCGUCAAAUCGAUUAGACUUCCUCAAAGUGAACCCGAUAAAUUAUUUGCAAAAUUUCAGGAGGGAUGUCGGAAGGACAUCGAACGUGCAUUUGGAGUGCUCCAAGCUCGAUUUAAAAUCAUCCGUGAACCAGCUCGCUUGUGGGACAUAGCUGAUUUGGGUAUCAUCAUGAGGUCAUGCAUCAUAUUACAUAAUAUGAUUGUUGAGGAUGAACGAGAUUCAUAUUCUCAACGUUGGACCGAUUUUGAGCAAUAUGGGGAAAGUGGAUCUAGUGCACCACAACCAUACUCGACCGAGGUGUUACCCGCUUUUGCAAAUCAUGUGCGUGCUAGAUCAGAGUUCCGUGAUCCAAAUGUUCAUCAAGAAUUGCAAGCCGAUCUAGUGAAGCACAUAUGGACAAAGUUUGGAAUGUUCCGUGAUUGAAUUAUUUGUGUGUUGUAUUGCAUUUUAAAUUAUUUGUAUCGUACUAAUUACGUUACUUGUGUG